CCCCCCCUCCCGGGUGCCCUGCACCAUGGACCCCCCAGGGUACAACUGCUUUGUGGACAGAGACAAGAUGGACGCAGCCGUGCAGGACAUGGGCCCCAAGGAGCUGAGCUGCACAGAGCCGCAGGAGCUGAAGCAGCUGGCCCGCCAGGGCUACUGGGCCCGCAGCUACACCCUGCGUGGCAAGGUAUACCAGCGGCUGAUCCGGGACAUCCCUUGCCGCACCGUCACGCCGGAUGCUAGCGUGUACAGCGACAUCGUGGGCAAGAUCGUGGGCAAGCACAGUGAUAGCAGCCUGCCCUUGCCCGAGUUCGUGGACAACACGCAGGUGCCCAGCUACUGCCUGAACCCGCGCGGCGAGGGCGCCGUGCGCAAGAUCCUGCUGUGCAUCGCCAACCAGUUCCCGGACGUGUCCUUCUGCCCCGCGCUGCCUGCCGUCGUGGCCCUGCUGCUGCACUACAGCACGGACGAGGCCCAGUGCUUUGAGAACACCUGCCGCAUCCUGGCCUGCAACGACCCCAGCAGGAAGCUGGUGGACCAGAGCUUCCUGGCCUUCGAGUCCUCCUGCAUGACCUUUGGGGACCUGGUGAACAAGUACUGCCAGGCGGCCCACAAGCUGAUGGUGGCCGUGUCCGAGGACGUGCUACAGGUCUACGCAGACUGGCAGCGCUGGCUGUUUGGGGAGCUGCCGCUCAGCCACUUCGCCCGCGUCUUCGACGUCUUCCUGGUGGAGGGCUACAAGGUGCUGUACCGCGUGGCUCUGGCCAUCCUCAAGUUCUUCCACAAGGUGAGAGCCGGGCAGCCGCCAGAGUCGGACAGCGUGAAGCAGGACAUCCGCGCCUUCGUCAGGGACAUCGCCAAGACCGUGUCUCCGGAGAAGCUGCUGGAGAAGGCGUUUGCCAUCCGCCUCUUCUCCCGGAAGGAAAUCCAGCUCCUGCAGAUGGCCAACGAGAAAGCUCUGAAGCAGAAGGGCAUCACUGUCAAGCAGAAGAGUGUUUCACUCUCUAAAAGGCAGUUUGUGCACCUGGCCGUGCACGCGGAGAACUUCCACUCAGAGAUCGUCAGUGUGAAGGAGAUGAGAGACAUCUGGUCAUGGGUCCCCGAACGCUUCGCCCUGUGCCAGCCCCUCCUCCUCUUCUCGUCCCUGCAGCACGGGUACAGCCUGACCAGGUUCUAUCUCCAGUGUGAAGGACAUGAGCCCACCCUCCUGCUCAUCAAGACCACGCAGAAGGAGGUGUGUGGGGCUUACCUGUCAACAGACUGGAGUGAGAGGAACAAGUUUGGUGGUAAAGUGGGCUUCUUUGGGACUGGAGAGUGCUUCGUGUUUCGGCUGCAGCCCGAGGUCCAGCGCUAUGAGUGGGUGGUCAUUAAACACCCAGAGCUGACCAAGCCUGUGUCCUCGGAGGCCCCCGCCGCCCCGUCGCCACCGUGCCGCCCCGUGUCCUCCGACCCUGCUGACCGCCUCUCGCCCUUCCUGGCUGCACGUCACUUCAACCUGCCCUCCAAGACGGAGUCCAUGUUCAUGGCUGGGGGCAAUGACUGCCUCAUCGUAGGUGGAGGGGGCGGCCAGGCGCUCUACAUCGAUGGGGACCUAAACCGGGGCCGCACUGGCCACUGUGACACUUUCAACAACCAGCCCCUCUGCUCUGAGAACUUCCUCAUCGCAGCUGUGGAGGCCUGGGGCUUCCAAGACCCUGACACCCAGUGACGGACCUGCACAGACGGUGACUGAGCCAUCACCAUGGGGUGGGGUGGGGCAGAGGCCAAGCCCCCUCUUCAGGGCAGUAAGUGAGGUCCCCUCCUCUCCCCUGUGCCAUGCCAGUGGCCAGUGUCUAAGUGCAGCUGGGGCUCUGGGGCUGGGCUGGCCAGGGGAUGCCGGGACUUCAGCCGCCUGGGCCUGUCCCUGCUCAGACCUGCUGCUGCCUUGAGCGUGGGCUGAGGCCCCAGUUCUCGGUGGAGGCAUCCUGUGCCCGAGGCUAGCAAGGCCACCCACACAGUCUCAGUCCCUUGGUGCAGUGCGGGGACAGGAAAAGAAGAAACCUUCCAUCAAGUGUGGGGCCAUGGCGCCCCCUGCUGGUGCCUCAUAGCAUAGCUCCUGAGCAGAGGCCGGUGGCCACCACUGGUCCUGUGGGUGGGCGGCCACCUGGCCAGUGGCUGGCACUGGCAGCUCCCCAGAAAAAACAGGCACGCUGGGGACGGCUUCUUGGCCUUGUCCCCUUCCCCCUCCCACCACCUCUCACCCUUACCCUCCUCCCCGUGCUGGCCUCCUGUGGCUGCCUCUUGGAUGGUCACAGCAGGGGGAAGGAGGGGAGGGUUGAAUUUGUGCUGAGCUCUGGACCCCUCCUGAGGGAGUGCUGAGCACCAGUAUGAAAAAGGGCUGGAGGGGACAUCACGGGUUCUUGCGUUUCAGAGCCUGAGGCUUCUGCUGGGCCUCACUGUGGGCCCAUCCCUGAAGAGGCCGCCCAGGAUGGCCCAGGGAGGGGCCCUCCGCGGCUAACCCCAAACCAGCCAGCUCCGUGUCCUGGAGAAGCCCGGACCCACA